AGGCAAUCGAUGUUAAUAACAGCUCAAUUUGGAUGGUGGCCAUUGCCAUCGGCUAGACAAAUCGCAGCCGAUACAUUACAAAGUGUCAAUUGAUAUCAAUUUGGAUUUUAAAACGAUACGAAGUUGGAUGAAGGCGACGUUGUGAAUAGUUAUUAUGCGGAAGAUGUCGUACGCAAAGCUCGAUAAAGGAAUCUUUGAUCGAGCAACGCAAAACAAACGUGUAUAAGCGAGAUGUGUGUAGAUUAGUACUCAUUCAAGUUUACAACUGAUUUCCUCAUUCGCACGUGAUUAUAUAUUCUGCAAGGAAACUUUUUUCGUGCCCAUGUAAAAGUGAAACCUUACGAGUAUGGCGUUUAACUCAAAUAUGUCUAUAAAUCGUCCCGGGCGCAUUUCAUCUGAGAUGUUGGAAAUGCAGUCGGUUGAGUCUUCUUGCACAAGCGAACGAAGAAUAUUGAUGGGCCCUGACGACGGAACGGGCCACAAUCCAAGGGACCUUGCGUCCAUUUUCAUGGCAGAGUUCUUUGGCACCGCAAUGUUGCUGUUCCUGGGCUGCAUGUGUUGCGUGACCGGUUUUGGCAACGAACCAUCCAACGUGUCCUCUGGGUUGGGCUUUGGUUUCACAGUCAUGAUGGUGAUUAUAACGUUUGGCUGCGUUUCUGGAGCACACAUCAAUCCGAGUGUGUCGAUUGCAGCUUUCAUUUAUAACUUAAUAAAUUUCCCGAUGCUCAUUCUAUAUCUGAUCGCCCAGUUUCUGGGCGCCAUCUGCGGCUACGGACUGCUAAUGGGUAUCACUCCAGCGAAGAUUUUCUCCGAUGCCUUGUACAGUGGGCACGGAUCGUGCGUCACAGCGCCCCACGGCGACCUUUCGACGCUGGAGGCAUUCGCGGUGGAGUUUUUGGUAACAGGUAUACUGAUCUGGACAUGCUGCGGUAUCUGGGAUCCAAGAAAUGGCAAAAACCUGGACUCCAAUCCAAUCAAGUUCGCAUUGAUCGUGGGUGGAAUUUCCAUCGCCGCUGGACCGUACACCGGGGCAAGUAUGAACCCGGCGAGAACGCUGGCGCCAGCGAUUUGGAACGGAAGCUUCUUCCAGGUGUGGAUAUACUUCUUGGCGCCACCAUUGGCUGGAAUUGUCAUGCCACUUAUCUACAAAUACGGCUUCCGAAGGGAGCUUCACGAAGAGGAGCAACCAAUUAAGAUUGUUACCGCACAAGAACAUGUCAAGACUGAUCUUUUCGAACAACAUAGAUUGAGUGCGAGCGCUAAGAUGAAACAGUCAACGCUAGACACCAUAUCGGUGCUGCUUGCAGAACUGAUCGGCACCGCCCUGCUGGUCAUGCUGGGUUGCAUGGGAUGCGUGGGAGGUCUUGGCCACAAGCCAUCGCAUUUCGAGAUGUGCAUCAACUUCGGUUUGGUCGUCAUGAUCAUCGUGCAGGUCUUCGGUUGUGUCUCAGGAUCGCAUCUCAACCCGGCGGUCACCGCCACUGCUUGGGUGUACGAAAUGGUUUCCACCAAGAUGGCCCUCGGAUACGCUGCCGUGCAGUGUAUCGGUGCCUUCAUGGGAUUCGGAUUGCUAAAGAUAGUCACACCCGCAGCGGUAUUCUCCGACGCCUUGGAAGCAGGAGCCGGUUUCUGUGUCACUUCCCCUAACCCAAAAAUCUCCACGCUCCAAGCCGUUGGCAUUGAAUUUGUUGCCACCUCAGUGCUGGCACUGGUUUGCUGUGGCGUUUGGGACCCACGUAAUGCCAAGUAUCACGAUUCGGUGGCUCUCAAGUUCGGCUUCACCAUCGGUUGUCUUGCUGUCACAGCUGGUCCCUACACCGGAGCCAGCAUGAACCCGGCACGUUCGUUGGGCCCGGUCCUAUGGAACGGUGACUGGACGGCACACUGGGUCUACUGGGUGGGUCCCCUGCUAGGUGCCUUCGUCAGUGCUUUCGCUUACAAAAUCGUUUUCCGACGUGAAGUUUUCCAACCGCCGGCUUCGCCAAGUGAACUAACCGCACUCAACACGGAGAAGUAAAAUGCUCAAAGGCCUCGACAUAUGCCAUUAGGUUUUGUUCGGUUAGCAAACACAGGCAUGAAAAAGUACCCGCAUUUGUUUUACAUUGUUAUCACUCAAAAGAUCAAAUAGAAAGUUCGUUAGCUAGUUACUUACAUAAAUAUAUCAUAAGUUGGCUCAAUAGCUUUAAUUAUGCUCAUAUCCUGAAUGAAAUUUGUACCAAAUAUUCGACGGUUCGCCGAUAAACAAAUCUGUUUUAGUGGUUUUGAAAUAGAGAUCUACAUUUUAAAGCGA